CGCUCCUCGGUCUCUCCUGUUUAGGAUUCAUAAAUGUCAGAAACGUUAAUGGGACAUAUCAUAGAUAACCCCCGUGGCCAAAAUGAGCGUCUAUUCUCACCUAUGGCGGAUUCUGCAGAUAUUAUUGCCAACGAUAAUCACGGCUGUCACUCAAGAGCUGGACAGUCAGGAGAUCUCGGAUGCCACCAAAUACUCCACCCCAUAUCCGUUGUUCCUUCCGGUAACUUAUCAGGUAUGGGAUGCUGAAUACUUCCUACUAAAAGAAGCUGGACAGGACAUCAUGCGCAAUUCCAGCAUGCAGAGCCACACGCAGCCAUUUGUCAUGCUCCGAGCGGGACGUCUCCCAGUCAUCAAUGCCAGCUACGGCCCACUCUCAACCAAACAGGAGAUCCCCCUGGACUUAGUGCAGUCAGUGCAGUUAUUCCGGUCCUCACCACCAGUUUUCACCAUCAACUGGAGAGUCCAAGCCUUCGUUCUGACCCGGUGGGUCCAUUCGUCUUCUCCCAAAGUGCGAGUCCUGUUCUAUGUGGCUGGGAGAGACUGGGACAGAGGAGAGAAGGAGAAAGGAACAAAAGAUGAGCUGCCGUGCGUGACUGUGUAUGCCUUCUGGCAGACUCAGGAGGUCCGUGGUUCCUGUGUCAUCCGAAAUGAGCAUGGAACCUGUAUGGCCGAGGUUGACCCUCCUGCAAGCUGGUUCAGCCCGGUUGAGGGCAGCUCCAGUCGGGAAAGACAAGGGCCAACCCAGGGGAACCCAGUGGAGCUUUAUUACCAGGCCCGUCCCAGUGCUUACGGCCCGUGCACAGCCAGUGGGGAGGAGGGCAAGAGGUGGGAUUUGGGCAGUGGAAAUGCCGGGCAGCCUCAGGCUGAGUACAUGCCCGUGACCCCCAUGCAGAGAAUCGGGAGUGUUCGGCUCCUGCAAGUCAAACAAGGGGCCAUGCCAGUGUCUGUGCUCAGACUGAGAGAGUCUGUGGUCAUCCAGACCUCCUCUAAACCCCUUAAAAAGACUGAUAUCGCUUCCUUUUAUGUCUAUGUGAAGAGCUCAGCCAACCUGGACACUUUCUCUCUCAGAGCCAUGGUAAAAAAAGGGGUGUCCUUCCGUAGUGCCACACCGACCAACACGCUACUAUGGGACAUCACCCUGGACACAGGCCCAGAUGGAAGUGUUGGAGUAAUCUGUCAGAGAAAGCCAACUGCAAAUGUGAAAAGAUUAAGCAAACUCCUAGCAGUUCUUCAGAUGGAUUUUGAAGUGGAGGAUGUCAGCAGCCAGUCAGAGAUUCAGGUGAUUAAGUGGGAGUUGACUCUUCCUGAUGAGGUCAAAAUGAUGGGGGCGUCUGAAGGCACCAUGAGGAUCUACACCACUCAGAGGGACUUUGUAGGCCUGGCUCCUCUAGUUAUGGACACAGAGCUGUUGAACACUGCCGUGCUGACGGGUAAGAGGGUUACGGUGGCUGUGCGAACCAUUGCUGUUGAACAGGAUGGUUCUGUUACGGAUGUCUCGGACUUUGCUGACUGCAGCUCCACAGAUGAAAAUGUUCUAAAGGUGUCUGACAGAUGCGACUUUGUCUACGUGAAUGGGAAAGAAACCCAGGGGCGAGUGAGGAUGCUGGUGAACUUCACCUACAGUUACCUGAGCACUCAGCUUGAGAUGAAGGUUUGGUUCCCUCGUCUGCCACUGGAUAUAGAGGUGUCUGAUCCAGAGCUGAGUCAGAUCAAGAGCUGGAGGAUCCCUAUCAUGUCCACCAAGAGAACCGGCUGGAACAGUGAGGAAGAGCGUAAGGGCCGGGGCUGUAUGCUGCAGUUCCAGCAUGCUUUGGUUCGAGUACUCACCCACUUUGUGGCAGAGCAAUCAGACCCCUGGGAGCCACAAGCCUUCUUCCUGGGCUCUGACUGGCAGGUGGAUGUGACCAGGCUGGUACGGUACUUCAUGAAAGUGGAGGACCCUAAUAUUGCCCGUCUGCAGGCAGGCAGGGUGCUGUCAGGACAAGAUGUGGGCACCACAUCUUUAAAGGUGCUUUCUCCACUGUCAGACUCUAUCCUGGCCGAGAAGACAGUGAGGGUUGUGGAUGAUCGAGUGACCAUCACUGAACUGGGGCUGCAGUUGGUCAGUGGUCUCACACUCAGCCUGCAGCUCAGCACAGGAAGUAACCGAGCCAUCAGCGCCACAGCAACCACACAGGAAGUGCUCAGCAAUCCUAAACAGGAGGCAGUGUUGAGCUCCUGGCUACAAUUUAGCGAUGGCUCCCUCACUCCCCUGGACAUCUAUGACCCUACUCACUAUCGCCUGGCUGUGACGUCACUGGAUGAGGGCGUGGUCUCAGUGCAGGAGUCGUCUAUGACUAUUGUGGCAGAAGGUGAAGGCAAAGGAACACUGGUGAGAGCUGAGAUGACCAUUUGUGAGGUCUGUCAGAAAUCAAAGCGUAAAAGCACUUUAGCUGUUGGCAGCGGGAGCUUAACUGUAAAGUUCCAGACAAACAGCAGACGUCCUGAAAACAGCAGUAUCAAUAAUAAUGACACAGGAAACAGCACAGGACUAUUUGCUGGUGUCACUGGGAAAGAUAACAGCAGUGAGCGACUUGAAGACGGAGAAGAAGCGGAAACUGAGAAGAAGCUGCAGCAGCCAGAACAGGUUUCGAGCAGAAAUUCAGAGGCUGAGCGAGAGGAUAGUGCCUUGAUGAAGAUCACCACCACAGCCAAGUCAACAGCACGAGACUCGACCAUUGGCAGCAUCGCAAAUGAUUUAGGAAUGGGACGGGCUAAUGAUGCCUCGGCUGGAGUCAGUAAACCUGGGAAUAUUUUAAACAGUGGACAUUUCUUUAGUACGGGAAAAGCUGGCAGCGAUGAUCGCCCAGGAAUUUCCUGGAGUAGUAAUGAAGUUUCUGAGGGUUCAAUGUUAAGCACUGGGAAGGCUUCUGGGAACUUAGUGAACUACAAUAACUACCCUCCCCAGGUGGAAACCACCAAUCAGGAGCCAAAAAAUGACUAUGGAGAUGAUGAUGAUGAUGGUAAUGAUGAUGACAUUGAGGGUCCACUGUCAAACCGUCCACUUACAGACCUGGAGAUCGGGAUGUAUGCAUUACUGGGAGUCUUCUGCUUGGCUAUCUUAGUGUUUAUGGUAAACUGUGUAUCAUACUUGGUUAAAUUUCGGCACAAGCAGACACCUGCUCAAGUUUCUGAGCACACUGGUCACCGUCAUGACUGGGUAUGGCUGGGAACAGAUGCUGAGCUGGUUAUGAACGUCACUGGAAGUCCGUUACAGCAAGAUGCUCACAACACGUCUGUAAUCGAUAUAGGACCCAAUACAGAGCCCUGUGGCACUCUCACUCGAAGGACCUCUUGCCAGGUGUCUUCUGUGUCAAAUGACUCCGGUGUUGGGUGUGUAGGAUCCCUUGCAGCAAGACCAGUCCGAAGUGAGUCCCUACAUUCACCCACUAGUAAGAGGAAAAGGGUCCAGUUCACCACCUUCACAUCCUUGGAUCGACAAACUUCUCCCAAAACUUUACCACAAGAGAAUGGACAUGGCAUUAACUGGGUGGGAAAGGAGGACAAUUGUAUGAUACCCGAGGUGUCAGCUGCCGAGUCAUUGCAACAACUGUGAUUGUAGGCUUACAUGCAGCCUGAUUUAUGCAUCCAUAGUGUACAGUAUAUCUCUAUAUCAGGGGUGGGCAUCUCCGGCCCUCAGUGUUCUCUACCGUAACACUAAUCAAACCCCCCUGUCUGUAAUUUUCAAGUUUUCCUGAAGUCCUUGGUUUAAACUUUUCAAGUUUGUUUGAUUAGGGUUCAAGCUAAACUCUGCAGGACAGUGGACCUUAAGGGAUGCUUGAAGAUGAAGGGCCAAAGAUGCCCAUCCCUGCUCUAUAGCAUCACCCGAAUGCCUUCUUUCUUUGGGAAAGUUGUUAUGUUGGUCCGUGCUACACAGGAUUAUGGUCAAGAUAACCAGUCCAGCUUCAUGGCUUUCAUAUGGCCAAGGUGUGACUUGAAAGACUUAAAUUGAUUCUUACUUAAUGAGUGAUCAUGGUAAAAGGGAGAGAACACAAUCUUUCUAUUAUUUUUAUUAUUAUUAUUAUUAAAAGUACCCAAACAACAACUACCCUGAGGUAAUUGGCCAAAUUAUUAUUUUCUUCUACCUAGGUUUUCAUUGAGAAAAUGUAAAGAUUUAAGAUAAAUUGUCAAUCUUUCUCUAGGACCAAACACAGUGUCACUAUCUUUGCAUUUUUGUUUGUUACUCUGCAUCCUUCCAUUUUUUAUACAAAAACGCAUGUGAUUAUUGUAUAGAUAACACUUUGUUUGAAGAUAUUUUACCACCCUGCAUUUGUAUGUACAGUCGAUUGUUUCAUUUUCCAUUAAAAAGCCACAUGAUAAAGC